CAAAUCCUCAGGUCCCGCCCCCUCACCUAGUCCGUCCUCCCUGUCAGAGGCUGGACGCCGCUAUCUUUAGCACUAGUGCCGGGGAUUAACGAGUAUUUGCAGAGCGCGAGUCGACUGAGUCACAUCCUUCUACCUGAGACGGGGCUGUAGCUGUAUUUUCAGCGACCGCCGUGUUCGCCGGCGUCUUCGGAUCUAAAGGAUAGCAAAGGAUGGGGGAAUGACAUAUCACAUGUCGUCUAAUCUGGUUCUCCGUUGUUAAGAAGCUUCGAAGGAUGCUGCUGUCCGGCAGCGCGUGGAGCGGGUACGGGGUUCUGCUGUGUAUGUGCGCGUGCUGGCUCCUGUUCGGCGGUGUCUCCACGAGCGUUCCAGUGAAAAGUCGAUGCCAUCAUCUGGUGUGUGCCGAAAAGGGGCGGCACUUCUGCAAGGCUGGCUCCUCCCACUGCGGCUCCUGCCUGUCCCCAUUGGUGGAGAACAAGGAGGGACUCUGUGUGGCCAAACCAAAGCACCACCGUCAUGGCACAGAGACGGUCCCUGAACUGGACCAGGAGAUCGACUUCCUGCACUCUGUUAUCGAGGAGAAGGAGGUGUCUGUUACCCAACCAAAACGACCCAAAGUGCAAGUGAACACCUCUUCCCGCUCUGAUACGAGGAUCUUCUUUGACGCGGUCGUACCGGACCGACCGGCCGCAGCCUCGCCCAACACCACUGCCCCGACCGGUUCCCCCCCGCCUCGGGACCCCGAGGGCCCCACCACUCUGGCACCUCAACCAAGGGCCACGGCCCUGGACGGCCGGGCCGGCCCCAGGGUGGCCCCGGUCUCCGCCCCCCUCAACGACAUCCUGGUCCUCGCUCUGAUCAGCCUGUUCGUGGCGUUUGGCAUCGUGUUUCUGAUCGUCGCAGGGGUCUGUUUCUUCAGGUUGCGGAGGGGAUCGCGCUUGGCCAAGAAAGCAGACUAUCCUGGGUUCAAAGGACCAGGCACGGUUAAUGGAACAUCGCAUGGUGAUGCAAAUCUCCAAAUGAGUGCUCAGAUGUAUCACUACCAGCACCAGAAACAGCAGAUGAUGUCCAUGGGAAAACACCAAGAGACACACACAGAGCAGAGGGUCCCCGACUCUGAGAUGAUGUCAGACGAGGAAGAGAUCGGAGGAGACUUCACCGUGUACGAGUGUCCCGGACUAGCACCGACAGGAGAGAUGGAAGUGAAGAAUCCACUGUUUGAUGACUCACCGCUACAGUACCAGGGACAUCAAAAGUGAAGACACACAAACACACACUAACGAACACACAGUCUCUGACAAACAGACACACACACACACACACACACACACACACACACACACACACACACACACACACACACACACACACACACACACACACACACACACACACACACACACACACACACACACACACCCACCCAACAGCACCCAUGCCAGAUGGGGCCACUACUCCGCACUGGUGGUGUUUUGAGGUUUCAUUGCCUUCCUGCCCCGGACGGGGUCCUGAUACGCUUGGUUAUUUUUGUGUUGUUGGAUUUGGUUUUUCUGCAUUGUGAAGUUUCGAUUACAAAUGUAACUCUUGUUUGGUCUUUUUAAUGUUCCCCGUACUGGGACUUGUCUUAACUUAAUUUUGACAGUUAUUUCCCAAAGAACAUUUAACAUUGUGAUACACGUGCAAUAUUCACUCAGAUACAUACAAAUACAUCAUCUCGCGCUCUCUUGCUCUCAGUUGCAUUCCCUCUGACACACACACACACACACACACACACACACACACACACACACACACACACACACACACACACACACACACACACACACACAGCCCACAGACACACACACACACAGCCCACAGACACACACACACAGCCCACAGACAAACACACACACACCCACAGCCCACAGACAAACACACGGCCCACAGACCGAAAGCAACAACACAGGUACCCUCUCCUGUGAUGUCAUUGUCAUGCGUUGCUUGUAGUUCAACCACAUUCUUUACAGCUACAACAUGUUAUACUAUUUAACCAAGAAACCUUCUAUACCUCCUGACAAAUACCCAGGAACAUUCUCAAAACCCCGAAACACGGUGAGUUUUGACCUGCAAAUAUAACCUUCUUGUUUUGCAAAUUUUAAUGAUAUAAAGAGCACAUAUCCACAUUUUAAAUCAAUAAAUAUAAAUAGAUAUACAUGCAUAUAAUAUAUAAUAUAAGUAUGAGAUGGUUUAACUAAGGUGUCUGUUGCAUGGUUUGAGUUUGGCGUGUUGGUAUGUUUGUAUGCGUCCUGAAUCGAUGGACUUGUGUGGCAUGUGGACGGCUGCGCUGGAAAGCACUUAAAGGGAACUCUCGGGGAAUGAGGUUUGACCAAUCAGACGACGGACCAGAAGUAUUGGCUCCUACUUCUUUCUCGCUAAUUUCCCCUGUCCUGUUCCGAGUCUACCUAUAGUGCUGCAAAAUGUACAUACAAAAGAAAAAGUGAAAGUAUUCACCUUUUUUAUAUUUGUACAUGCUGACAUUUAAAAAUUAAAACUUUUUAUCAUGAUGUAUAAAUGA